ACUUUGAUCAGGCUAUAUAGCUUUUAUCAAGCCAUAUACCUGUAUCAGGGUAUUGUGCUGGACCUGUUUUAUAAUACACUGAUCCAGUUUUUUCUUACUUCUUAUAAAUGUGCCUCUACAUUUAUCACUUAAUCUGAUCUAUAUCCAUGACUUCAAGUCAUUUAUUCUAAUUCUGGUUAAGACUGACAAAAGUGAUAAUUUUAUCACACAGGUGUAGUUGUAGCAAUUGUGUCAUUAUGGAAACGACAAGAGAGUGUAAAUGUUGCUUUGGAAUACCUGAUGUAGCAAGAAAAGUACAUAAAGGGAACUUGAAGUGCAUCACUGAGCAUGAUAGUUUUGUUGUUAAUUGCCUGAAUCAUCAUGUUUUGAAGUUGUCGAACUAUGAGUAUAUGCAGGACAAUGGACCAAUUGGCGAUGAUGAACCAGUUAAUGAGCUUUAUCGACACCUUGCCUAUAGGCGAUUUGCAAGGUUUAUUUGGAAACGAUUAGGAAGGUACAAUAGGAGGAUCCUUCCAUCAUGUGUUGUUGAUGCUAUCAGAAAACAGUUUCCUAGCCAGCAGUAUUGUGGAUUUCGAUACCCCGGUGAAGAAAAAUAGUUGAUGUAAUGAAAAUAUAAAUUGUCACUAAAUUCAGAUGUACAUGUUUUCAAGCAGGGUACAAUGUAUACUUUAAAAGAGGAGAA